CACAUUAAAAACUGCAUAACCACAUAAAAACUACAGUACUGUACUAAUGCUUCUGCAGAUUCUGCCCAAGGCCAGAUAAGCGACCAGGCCACAUUCCAUCAAUUGAGCAAGUUGAAUUGUUGACAGUAUUUAUCUCGCAUUUGGUAAUUCGAAACGCUUCUCAGCCAACACUUUCUAGCCUCCGCCCACAAAUGUUUCCAGCCGGAAUACGCAAGGGAGAAUAUUUUUAAAAGGGGCGGAGGAAGAAUAAGAUAACGCCGCUUUCCAGGAGUGGGGAAGAUCCCCGCGCAACGAACGAGGCUCCCCUUCCCCUCCGUUUCCACGGAAACAGCCGCCGCCCUCUGACCCCGGCGGUCACGUGGCGCCUGUCAUGGCGGCCUCCUGGGCCGCGAAGGGCGGCGCUGGCGUCUCCCGGUGCGCGGGGCGCCGUCGGGUCCUGGCGGCGGCGGCCGGCCGGCUCCUGCCCCGGGGCUUCCGCACUGCAGUGACCUUUCAAGCAGAAGAUGAGAACUCUGCCGCAGAAGUAGUGAACGUGGUGUUUAUAGACCGGUCUGGGCAAAGGAUCCCAGUGCAAGGCAGAAUUGGGGAUGAUGUGCUGCGCUUGGCUCAGAAACAUGGCAUUGAGCUAGAAGGUGCCUGUGAAGCUUCCCUAGCCUGUUCCACUUGUCAUGUCUAUGUGAGCCAUGAUGUUGUAGACAAGCUCCCCCAGCCUGAUGAACGGGAGGAGGAUAUGUUAGACAUGGCACCACUGCUUCAGGAGAACUCUCGCCUUGGCUGCCAGAUUAUCCUCGACAAAGAAUUGGAAGGAGCAGAGUUCACCCUCCCCAAGAUCACUAGGAACUUUUAUGUGGACGGGCAUGUCCCCAAACCCCACUGAGUGCAAUGGAGCCAAAGGCUGGACCAAUCUCCAAAGUGAGCCUGAUCUCUUAAGCAGCUGUCGGAGAGCAAGACACCGAUGCGGUCAAAGCAUGCCUGAUGCUUUAAAAAAAUAAAAUUGUGUUCUAUGAACAAAAGACUGGUGCAAAGAAAAGAAAUGUGUGUCUGCCAGAGGGCUACUCAGAAUGAGUAAGGCCAGAGCUUUUUGCCUCUCUGAACCUCCCUUAAGCUAUUGCUUAACUGCCUUCAUGGCUUGAGAAGGGUGUUGGGAGAUGUACCUCCCCCAGCCUAGAAGCACUUUCCCAAGCCCUGUGGGCAGCAGAGUGGGAAAUGUUUCAAGGGGAGAAGAGAGGCUCCUGCACAGUAGCAGCACUGUUUUAAGGUUGGCACAGCCAGUAAUGGCUUCAUGGAAGGAAAGUACGGGGUUGUGUUGUGUUCUUUCUCUCUGUUUCUGUGUUUUCUCUUGGUGUACAAGCAAGUGUGUUAAUUUUCAUUGGGGGCUCCUUGUCUCUCACCUGCAGAGAAGAUCAGUCACCAACAUCAUUCAUAGCACCAAAUAAGCUGAGAGGAGGAAGGCACUCGCCCCACAGCCUCUCUGGUUUUUAUCAGUAAAAAAAUAAAAGCGGCCUAUUACUGUUGAUCUUAUAUAUACAGAGUUGUGUUUGAUUGGGACAGGCAAGAACAAUCUAGCUACUCUUCAAUAGUAUCUUCACAUUAAAAUUAAUUGCAAUAACCCAGGCAUCCCCAAACAUUGGCCCUCCAGAUGUUUUGGACUACAAUUCCCAUCUUCCCCGACCACUGGUCCUGUUAGCUAGGGAUCAUGGGAGUUGUAGGCCGAAACAUCUGGAGGGCCGCAGUUUGGGGAUGCCUGCAAUAACCCCUCACUCUUCUAUUCCAACUUAACCCUAAUGGCUAGGUCUCCCAAUGCUUUAAAAAAAAAUGCACAAGUUUGCAUAUUGGCAAGUCGUUUGGGGAGGAAGGAAAAUAAUUCCAUUAUAGCUCAGCUUUUAAUACCAUCCUUCUGGACAUUCUCAUUAAAAAGCUGACAUGAACCUUUCUUCUACCAUCUGUGACUGGAUUAAAGACUUUCUGAUAGAUCAGACACAAACACUGAGGACUGGACAUGUAACAUCUAAUUCCUUAAAAAUCAGCACUGGCACACCACAGGGAUGUGUGCUAAGUCCCUACCUGUAUUCAUUGUAUACAUACGAUUGUGUAUUACCUGACCCGUCUACUGCAAUUAUUAAGUUUGCAGGUGACACCACCAUAAUGGGUUUAAUAACAGGUGGAGACAAAUCAGCAUAUAGAGGGGAGGUCCAAUAUCUACAUGGUGCCUAGGGAACAACUUGCACCUUAAUAUCAGCAAGACAAAGGAGAUGGUGUUGGACUUUCAGAGGAAGAGAGGAGAACUAGCCCAGCUGUACAUCGGGGAGGGCUGUGUGGAGAGUGUCUCUUCCUUUAAAUUCCUAGGAGUUUAUCUCAGUAAAGACAUUACAGUGGUGCCUCGCUUUAUGAAUGCCUCGCACAACGAAAAACUCGCUAGAUGAACAAG